AAUACAAAGAUAAUUAUAGUAAAAGUGAUGAUAAUUAUAAAGAUGAUGAUAAUAAUCAUGAUAAAGAUAACAAUAAUUACAAUGAUAAGAAUAUUUAUUAUAAUAAUGAUGCUGAUGAUGAUUAUAUAAACGAAGAUGAAAUAGAAAAAGAUUAUGAUUAA